UGGACGAGUGAUUCGACACGGACUCAGCAGAUCCAUCGGAUGCAUACAAAGAAUGUCAAGACGCUAUAUCACGCAACGACACGACAAGAUCGGAUGAUACAAGUCUUGUUCUACCCGGCGGACACUCACAGGAGCCUUCAUAUUCUCCCGCCCUGUGACCCGCAGCUGUUAAAUCAGCGCAGGACGACCUCAGUGCUCAUCUGCCGCUCGUCGUUUAACUCGAACACAUCAACCCCAAUUAACACCCACAGCACGACUACCAGCGCCAGCCAACCCAUCAGCACGGUCCUCAAUAGACGACGCACACCCGCUCACCUUGACCAUCGUGAGCACAAACCCACGCCCGAGGCAUACGUGCGAACUGUCCAUACGUGCGAACGUCAACGCGUACCGGUGGCCCUUGAUAUACUCCGUACGAAGCAGGAUCCCGGCCGUCUUCAACUCAACGAUCCAGCCAAAACUCCCUCACGUCAGGGCUCAACAGCGUGCAGACUAUGUUCAUGAAGGGGGUAGGGACGGUGGCGAUCUGGUUUGCGCAGAAGGAGAUGAUGUCGACGCUCGGGCACGAAAUGCCUCUCGCACGGGGAAAUGGAAAGCGGAGUGACGGUAUUGUCAUGGCUUUGAGAUGCAACAUGAUGCUGGUUCAUUCGUCAAUACAUCAAACUGUGAAAUCGACGGAGCGUUACGUAUAUAAUUAUCAAACGGACUCUCGCACGAAUAGUCAUAUGCAGAGCGAGAUUAUUCCAGCGCAUCCGCGGCCAUUUGAAGCAAUGUUUCCACUGCAUCAUGAGCCAAAUAUUGAAGCAACGCGACACAUCUUGAGCCCAUGAGAAGAAGCAC